AUGUCCUACAAUAAGCCUGACGGCCCUCCCCCCUCAUAUCCUGCCCCUGUUCAUGAUGCAGGCCCAUACAACACACCUCCCCCUGGUGGCGCGAAUCAUGACAUGUACAAUCAGCAAGGCGGCUACUACCCUCCUCCCCAGAACUAUGGUCCUCCCCAACCAGACUACGGUUACGGAACUCCUCCUCCCCAAGGACAGCCGAUGUACUAUCCCCCGCCGCAGGGAUACCCGCAACAACAGCCAUAUCCUCCGCAACAACAGCCGGGAUACUACGCUGAUGAGCGCGGCGGUGGCUCGUCGGGCGGUGGUAUCUGCGCUGGUAUCAUGGCUGCCCUGGCAUGCUGUUGCUGCUUGGAUAUUCUGUUCUAA